CUCACUCCAAAGGCUAGCUUACAGGAUCGACGGAUGUAUCGCUCGCUCCUCACCGCGGUACCGUCGGGACGAAGAUAGUUGCGAUGAUCCAAUUUCAGGUACAGUCCUCCGGAAACCUGUGCUAGUCCGCUUAGCCUCGGUCCACGCUGCGCGGUGCGGAGCGGAUAGGCCUAUGGAAUUGCACCACCGUCGGAAGACAAGCUCUAUCCUUGCCUCAGACUUCAUGUCAUAUCCCUUAGAACUCCAUCGCGAGAGCCAGAAGCCGAGCGGGGCAGUGCACAAUGUGUGGUGCGUGGUCUGACUUUCCGAGAAUCACCACACUUAUAUACACCUCGACCUCCGUGGCCGGGCUCCUCUCUUUUUCUACGCUUCCCCCGAGACUCAUGAUAGCAGUCACUGAUGCAACAGUCCAACCCAAGUAACUCGUCUUCGUCCUCGCCGCUGCAAUGGGGGAUGGCAUGUUCGGCUUGCCGGCGUCGGAAAGUGAGGUGCGAUGGUGGUCAGCCGGUCUGUGGGAGGUGCAGCAGGAACGGUCGGGCUACGGAAUGCCACUACGGAGACAUCGAUUCACGACUAACUGGUCACGUCCUCCGACGCGAAGUAACCCAACUACGCGCGCGGGUCCGCGAGCUCGAACGCUCGAGCAGCAGCGUUAUGCUGCAGAGCCCCUAUAGCCAUCCCUCCGGGUCUGCAUCUCAGCCUGAGAUGCGUGGUAGUGCAGACCCACCAUCAGACGGGGGCGCGUCCGUGUCGUCGCCUUCGACUAAUUUCCUUUCCCCCACACAGAUUACUUCGCAUGACUCGUCCGACUCAGGCGAAGGUUUCAGGCACUCACAAGGUCCGGCGAUGUCCUCAACGCAUCUAGCUCCUCCUAAUAUCACAGCCCAUAGCUCGUCUGGCUCGAGAGAAGGGUCGGCACGGUCGCACGAAGCGCAAAGCGAUAGUGGGGAAGAGCUGUCGAUCGCAUGGACCACGUUCCAGGCAUACGCCACUAGCGUAGGCUGGUUUUUAAACGUGGAACGGUUCCGAGAGAAAACGGUUCACCAAACUCUCACCGGCCACUCUUCGCGCGCCCUGGGUGCCUUAGUUACGCUUUGGAGCAGGGUUCUCUCAAGUGACGUAAUCCAUGACUCUGAGGAUGGGCUACUUCAUCGCGCACAAGACCACCUCACACGCGCAUCUCCAGACGUCGACUCCAGCGCAUUCGUUCAUAUCCUGCAGGCGGAGAUCCUCCUGUCGUACUACUUCCUCACUAGGGCUCGGCCCGUCGACGCACGGUGUCACAGUUCCAUCGCUGUCUCGCUAGUUUGCGCGUUUUCUCUCGACCGUCAAGGCGCUGAAGCCUCGAACGCACUGUUCGGCGUACUCGGAGAUGGCCGUAGGACUUUGCAGCAUACCGACGAUGUGGUCGAGCUGGGCGAACGCGUGCACGCAUUCUGGGCCGUGUUCGCGCUAGAGAGCUCUAUCUCCGCCCUUCUCGGCGUUCCGUCCGGUCUACCGGCGUUCGAGAGUCGGAUCUCGACGCCGUGGCCGCUCGAGCAUGCGGACUAUGAACAUUUGCAGGGUACCCCGAUUAUCGGCUCGUCGAACACGGAUGUCUUUUCCAUGUUCUCGCAGGAGCAAGCGCCCACCAGGCUUACUCUGGAGGCAAAGGCCGCGGCGCUCUUCCAGGCAUCGACUGCGCUGAGCAUGGAUGACCAAGGAGGAAGCGGCAUACCCGUGGAUGCCAACUACUGGGCCCGCUGCCGGACGCUCGACAACCUCAUCGACAACUUCCUACUUCGCUUUUCUUCAAUCAAAUCUUCCCCCGAGCACCAUGGUUCCUUUCGUACUGUGUUGACGUCGUUUGUUCUUGCGCACGCCGCGCGUUUAAGAUUGCACCACACGUUCCACUAUAACUACCCCAUGUCGCUGCAAAAGUGGGACGACUCGGUGAAGGAGGUUGCGGGCGUUUUGGGAGUGUCACAGCUACCGAGUCCUCUUGUCAUACACGUCUUUGCGUCCGUCUGCAGCAUGCUCCAGUCAGAAGUUACAUGGUCCCAACAGGGCACCCUCCACACCCCCGCUCCAGAUCCAGCAUCAGUCGGCGUGGGCGAAGCGGCGCCCGUUCCGAGACACAUCACGCUCGCUAUUCUCUUACGAAGCAUGCUGGAGAGCGGACUCUCCUCCGCUUCCCCUGUCUUCACUGGCUUGAAGGACAAAUUGGAGCGCCUGCAGGCGCAGUUUAUCUCCUGAUUUUCUUUUUCUAUCAUAUCAUUACGCAUGCGUACACGGACCGGGUUUCGCUAGUACUUUUUGAUCUUCCACAUACACGUUCUUUCAAGGUGUGUCUCCUUACUGCUUGUAAACGUACCGGGAACUUACCGGACCGGUCGCAGUAUUGCAUUGGAUUUGUAGCGCAUAGAGAACACUGUUAUUUGCUUUCGCUUCUUUCUGAUUUUGUUUUGGGAUGCUUUGACUCUUGCUUUUCUGUUUGCACUUGAUUCCCUUCUCAGUUUCCUUUAGUCAAGUGGGACGUACACGCUUCCCAGUACUCGAACUAUCCUUGAACCAAUGAUACGUAUAGUCAUGUCUUAUAUACUCUAAUUCUAUAAUCG